CCAUCAGGCGGCGGGAAGAGAGCUCUUGAGCCGGCCCCGCCUCCAACCAGCCGUGGCCCCGCCCGGCCUCGCUUCCUCGGGCCGGGCGGAGACUGCGCUGUGCGGCGGGCGUCUCUUUCCUGCUCUGCACGCGGUGCGGGGCAGAGCACCGGGGCGCUGUGCUGCCGCCUCCUGGCGUCGGUUUUCUGUGCGAAUCGUGCCGCCCCGGUACGUUCACGCCCAUCAGCUCCCGACUUUCGUUCUGGGAGGCGCUGACCGGGUGCCGAGAGGGCGCUGUGUGGAGUGCUACUCCCCCCCCCACACACACACCAAAGCAGCGUCCGUGCUAAAGGUACUGAUUAAGAUGUAUGUGAUUUGGAGGAAUUCUGUUUCCUGUCUAAGGAUAAGAAAGGUGCCACAUAGAUUCCAAAGUGGUAAUCACCCAGUGGUCCCUCUGGGAUCAAGGAUUUUAACGGACCCAGCCAAAGUUUUUGAACAUAACAUGUGGGAUCACAUGCAAUGGUCCGAAGAAGAAGCAGCAGCAGCCAGGAAAAAGGUAGAGGAAAACUCGGCUGUGCGAGUUCUUCUGGAAGAACAAGGCGUGUGUUUGCACUCGUCCUACAGAGCAGCCCAGUGUUGUGCCUUUGUCCAUGACGUCUGUGAUGAGGGCUUACCCUACCCUUUUCCAGAUGGGAUCCUGGAUGUCAUUCUCCUUGUCUUUGUGCUCUCUUCCAUUCAUCCUGACAGGAUGCAAGGCGUUGUAAACCGACUGUCCAACUUACUGAAACCUGGAGGAAUGCUGUUAUUUCGGGACUAUGGAAGAUAUGAUAAGACUCAGCUUCGUUUUAAAAGGGGGCAUUGCUUAUCUGAAAAUUUUUAUGUUCGAGGAGAUGGUACCAGAGCAUAUUUCUUUACAAAAGGGGAAGUCCACAAUAUGUUCUGCAAGGCUGGGUUAGACGAGAAGCAAAAUCUGGUUGAUCGUCGAUUACAAGUGAAUAGGAAAAAACAAGUGAAAAUGCACCGAGUGUGGGUUCAAGGCAAAUUCCAGAAACCAUUAUACUUGACUCAAAAAACCUCUAAAUUGGUAUUUUCACUCCUUUCUCACGGCUGAAUUAUGUACCAUGUUAAGGUACAAACCAGAGGAUUACACUGUACAAAGACUUCCGUAGAUCUUUCAUUUUUGAAAGGACAAUGAGAAGAAAAGAGAAUUUGUAUAUCCUGCUAUUUAUCAUGGGUGAGCUCUUUUAUUUAAGCACUCAUAAAUGAUUUGGAAGAGUACCAUAUUAUGUGUUUUCAAAGCUUAAUAUGCUCAAGCUUGUUUGGGUUUAUUAUGUCUAACCAUUUUGUUUGUACUUUGAAUUUUAUAAGCUUUCAAUUAAAUUACUGAUAUAAGUCAGAUGA